AUGGCAUGUAAGACAGAAGAAGUUUCUCGGAAGAUGAGAGAAGUGGCAAUAGCAUGUGCAAAAUCAGCCCGAAAGGAUAAACAUUUAAAAGAUGAAAAGGAAUUUGAUAAAUGGCAUCAUACAAUCACAAAAAGAGAACCGACCAUAGCCGCUACCUUAUGCUUUGAUCUUAGCGUAGAACACCCAUAUAAGUCCUUGGUUGAGUUUUAUAAUGGAUCGAAGAAUGCAAAAGGUUACAAGAAUGAGGAUCUCGGAAAUCUGUUUGGUAAUGCCUGGGCACUUAUUAAUGAUAGCUUCCUUACAACAACCUCAAUUUUUUACAAGCCCAAUGUUAUAGCAAGUGCGGUCAUUUUUAUUGCAUCAAAGAUAUGCGGCGUUCAGUUGAAUGUUGAGGAGAAGUGGUGGAAGAAAACAAAAUCUAGUAUAUACGAAAUUGCGGAGGCAGUGGAUGAUAUACUGGAGAUUUAUAAACUAUGCAAGCCUAAAGUCGUCAAAAAGAAAAAGAACGGUGAAAAUUCGGAAGAAUCCGGAAAUCCGUUAGAUAAUACGGAGAUUGAAAAUUCAGUAACAAUCUCGCAGAAUUCUGAUGUCAGCAUUUCGGAGACACAAACUCCGAGAAUAGAAAGUCCUGAUGCUAAAGUUGAUGAAUUUAAUAAGAAUGAGGCUCCUAUAGGAGGCGAUGACGAAGUAGAGGAUGGACAAAUCUCAGAUGAUGAAAAAGCAAACGGAAUAGAAGAUGUAGGACUGGAAGUUAACGGACACGCCAAGAUGGACUGGGAGGCUAACAAAGACUUGCCAACAAGUUGA